AUGAAGGUCACCCGCGGAGAACUGGCGAAUCGACAACUGUCUUUGGCGCUCGUACGCAGAGGUGAGAGACAGGAGAGGUCGCGGCGAAGUAACAGGCCCGCUCCCCCUGAGACGCGGGCUGCUGGUGCCUCGGCCCUCUUGGUUGUGGUCGCUGCUGUGGCGGUGGCUGAGGCUGUCUCUGCUGCUGCCGCCGCCGCCGCCGUCGCCGCCGUCGCCGCCUUUGUGCUGAAGAAGAGCCUUAAGCGCCGUCUCAAGACUCAACUUCUUCACUUCGAGGUCGUCACUGGCGGGAUUACACUUGGCGGCCUGCCUAUCGGCACGGAUGGAUUUCAUGCUAGUCAGCUCCGAGCGAAGGUUUCUACCCUCAACGAAGAGCUCUCGAAGCUCGGGCUCGUCCAGCAUGGCUUCAUGUUCAAGACGCUGGUGAGGGCGAGCCAUCUCCAGAAGCUGCGCUUCUUCCUCCAGGGGUCAUCUCCGUUUCUCCCGCGGGUCCAAUCACAGAUUCGUCGCUUUGACCUCUCUGUCCACCUGGCGCUUGAGAAAUACCACCGCUGGCCUUCCUCGCAGUACCUCGCCGCGCAUCCCGACCUGCUAGAGUUUGCGAGGUUCAAGCGGGAGCUUCCGCAUAGUCGGGGAGGGGACGAGUUCACGCCCUCUGAGGGUCUACACCCCGCUGUUUACUAUACGGCUAUCGCUCGCUUCCUCGCUUGCCUGGACGUUCACUGCUCGAGAUCUCUCCGUGCCCAGAAGCAUCCUCUGGCGACCUUCUUCGUUGAGGCGCACGACUUCGUUCAUAAUGCUGGAGCGAUCCUCUACCGUCGUGUGAGGGCUCCUGCACCGGCUGCAGAUGGCGCGGCGAUCCCACCUGCCCCGGCUGCUGUGCCUGAUGACGCAGGACGCCCCCCGGCAUCUGUGGUACACAUCCCUGGUUUGCGCGCUCUCGUCGACUCGUCUCAUGAGCACUUCAUUCCUCCCCCUGCGCAGCGAAAUGUGACUCCUCUUGUCAUGCGCGUCUUCCCUCGCCAUGUGCAUGCUCGCGCUGCGCUGACCGAUCAGCAGCGUGAUAUCCUCACCUCGCACAGCCGCAGGACACACUCGCUCAAGUCGCAGGAUAGGGUCUUGCAGUCUACCAUCUUCGCUCAUUUUCCUGAGCGAGACCUGAGCCACUCUCCGAUGCGAGUCUCGAGCUACUACCCCCUCAAGGCCUUCCCGCACCGCUAUGCUCAGAUGCUCGACUGCUAUCUCCAUGGCAUGCCGAUCUGCCAGUGUCCGACGGAAUGUGAUGGAUGUCAGCGCGAGCUCGAUCCCUCCGUUGCUGCACAUCAUCUCCAGACCUGCAAACGCCGAUCCUCCAAGCUUCCCACGGCGCAUGACAACCUUACUCGUACGAUUCGGUCGAUGCUGAACGAAGCUGGUCUUCAGAGCGUCAUCGAUACAGUGGGGGAUCCUCGUUCUCGACGGCAGGUACCCUCCCAUCCUCAUGGCCGCAAGAUGAAGGGCGAUAUCCACAUCCCUGGAAUCCGCGAUCGAGGGUCCGAGCAGUACGAGGGCUUGAUGGCGGACGUGACGUUGGUCCACCCUUACAUUGGUAGCUCUGCCGACCUGACCAAGUGGGGGGAGGUCAACCUCGACGCCCUCCAUGUUGCAGCGUCUGAGAAGAUUCGCAAACAUCGCGCUGCGUAUGCUAUGACUACUCCUCCUCGAGCGUUCAUCCCUCUUGCCAUCUCGACGGACGGUACCCUGCAUCCUGACACCCUCCGCUUCAUCUGGUAUUUGGCAGACAUCAUUGCUCAGCGCUCGAUGCCUCUUGAGGAUGCGGCCGCGAUGUUUGCGAAUCUUCUCAGACGCUGCAACAUGGAGGGCGUCGAGGCUGCUUGUCUGCGCGGCUUCGCGCUUGGGCUGGCGAUCCCACAAUGGAUUUACUGGCAGAUGCCGCGUCUGGGUGCCAGCAGUGCUGGUUCUUUUCUGGCUUCUCGCUGUGGACUGUGUGCCUGGAGGUUUAGCUUGUUCCUGCUUUGUUUUGCUUGA